CACCAGGGUUGAUGCUGAUGCGAGAAGCCUACUCUCCAUUCUGACUCUCACAUCCUGAACGGCGACAGUGUUAUCCGCUCUUCUUUUUAUUCUCCGUGUUGAACUUUGUUCAGCGCGUUAAAACAGCAAAGUGACAUUUCGUCUCGUUGUUGUCAGUGGCGAGAUGACAAGACCACAAACCACUCACGAGAGGGAUUUGGUAAAAAGCCGGUGAUCAGCAGAGGAGACGGGACGUGCACAUUAUCAGUUUGAUUACAGGACGCAUCCCAGAGGUUUCGAGUCUUCGGAGGAAGCGAGAGCGAUUUCUAUUCAUUAACAGUUCUACCAGCUCAAAUCAGUGCCAGAGGGGACGAGCUGUUGGAAACCGAUCGGUGAGGGUGAAGAGGUGGUUGAAGACGAUUUUAUUUAGAUAUAAAUGUCUUUAUUACAAGACUUGGAAGUCCAUCAGUCACCAUCAACAAGAGAGAGAAUUUCAGCUGACAACCCAUUGGAAGGUGGUGUGUAGUUCAACAAGUCUAGCACAAAUCAUCAGAGACCGGCCAUGCCUUUAUCCUUUAGUCUAUCCCACCUUUCCCCCUUUUCCUUCAUUCACCUGUUCCUCCCCCUUGUCCUCCUCCUUUCUUUCUCCAUCCCUUCUCAAGCUGACUCCCAUAAUGCACCCCAAACCACCUCCAACUGUUCCCAAAGUGAAGUUUGUGCGGAUGGGGUACUUUUGCCUGUUUGGAAUCCCCAGAAUCCUUCAGUUGGCGACAAAGUAGCCCGUGCCAUUGUGUACCUGGUGGCACUUGUCUACAUGUUCUUAGGCAUGUCGAUCAUUGCCGACCGCUUCAUGACUGCUAUUGAAGUUAUAACUUCUCAAGAAAAGGAAAUCAUUACAAAGAGACCCAAUGGGGAAACGUUCACAACUACAGUGCGUAUUUGGAACGAGACCGUCUCCAAUCUAACCCUCAUGGCUUUGGGUUCCUCUGCACCUGAGAUCUUGCUUUCAGUCAUAGAGGUCUGUGGACAUCAGUUUGAAGCUGGAUCUCUUGGUCCCAGUACCAUCGUGGGCAGUGCUGCCUUCAACAUGUUCGUUAUCAUUGGCAUCUGUGUCUAUGUUGUACCUGAGGGUGAAACACGCAAGGUCAAGCAUCUUCGAGUUUUUUUCGUGACGGCGGCGUGGAGCAUAUUCGCUUACAUCUGGCUCUAUCUCAUCCUCGCGGUGUUUUCGCCUGGUGAGGUGGAAGUGUGGGAGGCAGUGUUGACGUUCCUCUUCUUCCCUCUUUGUGUGGUCCAGGCCUGGAUAGCUGACCGUCGUUUGCUAAUUUACAAGUAUGUUCGCAAACGUUACAGAGCUGAAAAGGGUCGUGGAAUCAUUGUUUCCGAGGCCGGGGAGGAGCUUGGAAAAGACGAGGGAUUCACGAAGAUGGACAUGCUGGAAAUUGAUGGAAUGUUGACACAUCUGGAUGGAGUGCACGGCGUGGAAGGUGGUCAUGGUGGACGGGACCAAGAAGAGGAGGCCAGGAGAGAAAUGGCAAGAACUCUGAAGGAACUGAAGCAGAGACACCCUGACAAGGACAUGGAGCAGCUCAUAGAAAUGGCCAAUUAUCAGGUCUUGGUACAGCAGCAAAAGAGCAGAGCUUUCUACCGCAUUCAGGCUACGAGAAUGAUGACUGGUGCUGGGAAUAUCUUAAAAAAGCAUGCAGCAGAUCAGGCCCGUAAGGUGGUCAGCAGUGGGGAAACACGAGAGCAGGAGUACGAACCUCACAUUACACAAAUUGAGUUCGAACCGGCCCUCUACCAGUGCUUUGAGAAUUGUGGGUCUUUAAAACUUACUGUGCAAAGGCAUGGAGGAGAUGCUGGAUGUACUGUCAAGGUUGACUACCACACAGAAGAUGGCACUGCUAAUGCUGGCUCUGACUACGAAUUUGCUGAGGGCACAUUGGUCUUCAAACCUGGCGAGAACCUUAAAGAGGUAACCGUCGGCAUUAUUGAUGAUGACAUCUUUGAGGAAGAUGAAUACUUCUAUGUCCACCUGAGCAAUCCCCGCAUCGUCAGUUGGGGUGAUGGACAUCCUAUUGCUUUGGAAACCGGAGCACCUCCCCCCACCGCAGCCCUCGGUGAGGCUCACACAGCGACUGUGACCAUCUACGAUGACGAUCAUGCAGGAAUCUUCACAUUCGAGAGUGAAUCAAUGCGGGUUAGCGAAAGCAUCGGGAUCAUGCAGGUGAAGGUCCAGAGGACAUCUGGAGCACGUGGCCUGGUGGCAGUACCGUACCACACAGUGGAUGGAACUGCUCGCGGAGGGGAUGACUAUGAGGAAGUGUCUGGAAAACUGGAGUUCCAAAAUGACGAGACUAUGAAGACUAUUGAGGUGAAGAUUAUUGAUGAUGAAGAGUAUGAAAAGAACAAGACAUUCAGCAUUGAGUUAGGAGAGCCAGUGUUACUGGAGAUCGGACAGAAACAUGGAGACUCUAAUGAGAACAGACCUGAGGUUGGGGCUGAGGAAGAGGAAGUGGCUAAGAUGGGAUGUCCCAGUCUGGGAGAACAUACCAGGCUAGAGGUGGUGAUUGAAGAGUCCUAUGAGUUUAAGAGUACUGUGGAUAAGCUCAUUAAGAAGACUAAUCUGGCUCUGGUUGUGGGCAGCAGUAGCUGGAGAGAGCAGUUUGUUAGUGCUGUUACUGUGAGCGCAGGUGAUGAUGACGAAGAGGAGAGUGGUGAGGAGCGUCUUCCGUCCUGCUUCGAUUACAUUAUGCACUUCCUCACAGUCUUCUGGAAGGUUCUUUUUGCCUUCGUCCCACCCACAGAGUACUGGAACGGAUGGGCCUGCUUCAUUGUGUCUAUCUGUCUGAUUGGUGUGUUGACGGCGGUCACGGGCGAUCUCGCUUGUCACUUUGGGUGCACUAUUGGCCUGAAGGAUUCAGUCACCGCUGUGGUGUUUGUUGCCUUGGGGACUUCUGUCCCAGACACUUUUGCCAGUAAGGUUGCUGCCAUCCAAGACCAAUAUGCUGAUGCCUCCAUUGGCAAUGUGACGGGCAGCAACGCUGUUAAUGUUUUUCUGGGCAUUGGUGUGGCGUGGACCAUAGCUGCUGUAUACUGGCGCACUAAGGGCCAACCGUUCCGUGUUGAUCCAGGCUCUCUGGCCUUCUCUGUCACACUCUUCACUGCCUUGGCUGUGGUGUGUGUCAGCGUGCUGUUGUAUCGCCGGCGCCCCUCAGCCGCAGGAGGAGAACUCGGCGGUCCACGGACUUGCAAGAUAUUGACAUCCAUACUCUUUAUUUCCCUAUGGCUGAUCUACAUCCUGCUGGCCUCACUUGAAGCAUACUGCCACAUUACUGGAUUCUGAGAAACAGAACAGAAUAAAUAAAGUGGCAUCGUAAUAUCUCAGCUUAGAGGAAUUUGAAAGUGGCCAGUGAAGGAGCUAUUUUUAAUAGCAUUUAUUAGAUAUUUAUCCUGUUACCUUUUAAUAAGUCAGAUACGCAAGUUAGAUUUUGUAAUUUUCCAUUGUCUUCUAGGGAUAGUUAACUUAAAAAUGAAGAUUCUUUUAUUAAUUACUUACACUCUUGUUGUUCCAAACUUGUACCUGUAUGACUUUUUUUCUUGCUUGGAACACAGGACAUUGGUCACUCUCUUCCAUGACAUUGCAACUCAAGCUUAAUUCACAUAAAAGUACAAUGGACACUUUUCACAAACCUGUGAUGACGUGUUUCAGCCUUAUUUAGUGGCAUAAUCUAGCAAUCAAUCUUUUGAAUAAUUUAGUGCAAUAUAUCAUUGUUAUAAUAUUGUACUUUGUAUAAUUUUACCCUGGAAUUUGUUUUUAAAAAGCGAGUCACCACAGGUGCGAUAAGGAUUCAAAUACAGCUGCUUAGAGAGCGACAGAAAAUUUCCAUCGCUCUCUUUUUUUUUUUUUUUUCAUUUGGAAAGUUGUGGAAAUGCAAUAGUGCCAUUUUUCUUUUGAUGUUGGAGCAAAUAGAUAAGCAAAAAUUACAUUUGCCGUGGUCUCCCCAUUCACUACCAUUCCACACUAUCAAGGUUUACCCUGCAAUCGUUUACUUCCGCGUUCCGCGUGAAAAGUGUCCAUGGAAAGUAAAAUUAAAGUGGUCCAUAUGACUUGUGCACUAUAUUCAAACUCAUAUGAAGCCAUACUAUAGCUUUGUUUAAGGAACAGAGUGAAAUGUAAGUAUUUAUUCACUGAUAAUGUUCCAGUGAGCUGUUAUCUCGAGAUUUAGUGAAUUAAUCAUUCAGACAAUUUUUUUGUGAACUGGAUCCACCAAUUAAUUGAAAAGAUGGCUACUUUACCCAUGAACUUUAAUAAUGAUUUAAAUUACUCCUGUUGUUUGAUGAAAAAAAAAAAGUCAUACGAGUUUGGAACAACAUGAGGUUGAGUAAAAUAUGACAGAAUUGUCAUUUUUGGGGGAAUUUUCCCUUUUAAAUUAGUUUCAAAGCAGUAUCUUGUCAUUUCUUGUCCCUCUUGCCUUACACUUGUACCCGUAUCUCAGUGGUGUCUUAAAUUUAUCCAGACCAGUAACCAAUGACUCCCAUCUUUUUCAUACUCCUGUUUGAGCCAAUCCGAGCCUUCGGUUACUGAAUGAAGGGGUUUACUUUUUUGAACUUAAAUGUUAUGUGUCAUUAUUGCUCUCAUGUAUGUGUAAUGAUAAUAUUUAUAACGAUAUUUAAUUGAACAGAAUGACCAAACAAACACGGACUAUAGAAACAGGAUGGAUUCACUAUUGCUUGUGGAAAAACAAAAGCAUGUUUCAGGACUAAAAAUGAACCUGACAGAUGCUCUGAAAAGCAUGUCGAAUUCAUAACUAAUAAUUUAUAAUGAAGGAACACAGCUGUUUUUUGAAAGUCAAACAGAAAACAGGAAUAAAAACUCUAAAAAGUGUGGGGAAAAAAAGGACUGGAAUUAUCACAGAGAAGUCAGACAUACAACUGUAAAAUAAUAAUAAUGACAACAGUGAAGGUGCUGAAUAUUACUAUUUCAAACUUACAUUUUAAAUGUGCAUAUGAUGUGUGUGAGACCACUCAGCCAAGAAUAAAUGUACUCUUUAAAUAACAAACUCUUUAAAUAAUGUACUCUUUAAAUAACAAACCAGUGUUGUAGUGCUGUCUGUAUAUAUAUUUGUAUUGUCAUUUGACAAGUCACACUUCUUGACAUCAAAGGACAAAUCAGCCUAAUUCAUCUACAGUUUUCAGCAGGGAGAAACAAAUUCCAUGUAUUUUUAUUGAUCAGAUUUGUUGUUCUAUGAUGAUGUCUGUUUGUUAAACAAAGAUGCACAGUUAUUAUAUAUAUAUAUAUGUGUGUGUGUGUGUGUGUGUGUGUGUGUGUUUUUUUUUUUUGUUUUUUUUUUCAGUUUUCCCUAUCGUCUGUCUGUGACUGCAGUGUAAUUAUGCUGUGAGACAUGCAGGAAGACAGGGGGAGGGUGGGAGUCAUCGGCUCUGGCAUGCUGAAUGACGGAGGACACUGAAAAAGAAUGACUGAGACAGAUUUAGCAGCUGUGUAGAUAUUUAACUCUCAGAAGUCUCUCCCCAUUCUUGAAAAGAAAAUGUGAACCCAGAGCAUUUUUACUAUUAUCUUGAUGCUAAGUGACCCACCCAGAGAGUCAUUAUGUUGUCUGGGUAGGAUGACGGGUACAUAUGUGUGUGUGUAUGUGGGGGGGGUGUUGCUGUAUGUGUGUUACAUCCUCACAUGCAAGUCUAUUAUAGGCUUUAAACAGCACAUCCAUCUUAUACCAACCUCUUAUACUAACCUAACUUUGAUGGAGGUUUUGCUUGUGCAGUGAAUUAAAAAGAAUUGCCCAAAGCAGAUUGUACUCCAUUGUUAAGUGGUUACAAUAAAGAUAAGAAUCAUAUUGAUAUCAGUUAUGGUCAUAUUGUUGAUUUCGAAAUGAUAAUUAACAAUCAAACCAGCCCAUGAUGUCAUGAAUCAAGACAUAAAUAUCAUCAAUAAUGAAUUCCACAUCAGACUGUAAUACAACUGAACAGUUGAGUGUGCACAUAAUCGGUUUAUAGGGUCACUGCUUUGCUCUCGGUGGCUGACUGCUCUUGAAGCUCAAUGAAUUGAAGUGCAAUCCCAGAAUGUCACACUAAAAAAAAACUUGCAUAAUUGGAUUAAUCAGCCUGGCCAGAGAAAGAAAGAGCAAGCGAGAGCUUUGGAAUGUAAACACGUCCACCAUGACUGUUGUACCAAUACACAGUACACAAUCAUUUACACAUACUUCAUAGGUGAAAUUGCAAAUAAAGGUUAUUUGUAUGUGGUUUAUAGCAUUUUUAAGGUUAAAGAGAGAAAAAAGCUGUGUGAAUUUGUGUUGUGUGUGUAUACUGUUCUUUUUGCUGGUCUUGAGAUUGAAUUAUUUGAACGCCAUUGUGUGUGUCAUUGACUUUUUGUGUUUUUGUGUUGGAGUGUCACUAACCAAUGCAAAGAACAACAGGCUACUGAUAUGUACACUGGCCCCAAAAAGUAUGCUUGCAGAUGCCACUCGGUUUGAUAUGUUGUUACCUAACACCAUGACAUUCACACAGUUUUAAGUGUGGCUUAAGUGUGUGUAUAUUUAUAUAUAUAUUGACAGCAAAAACCUUAUAGUUGUGCAGACAAGCCUUUGACCAGAAACAAUGCUUCUCUCCGAUAUGCCUGCUAACCCAUUUUCUGACCCUGUGUUUUAGAGAAAGAAAUUAGGCAAUGAUAACAUUGAUGCUUCUAGAAUGUUUCCAUGUGUUUGUCUGUUUGGACUUGCAUGCAUUAUGCUAGUAAACCUUUGUUGUUCCUGUGUACAGAACAUAAAUACUAAGAGUUAUUAUGAAGUGCCCUAAAGGAAGUGGUCACCAUGUCAUCCUGUAUCGGUAUUUGUCGACCAUGAUUUGACCCUGUUCUGUGUAGUCCUUGUGUUCACCCCUGUACUCUACUUAGAUUAUCCACUCUUUGGAAUGUUUCUUCAUGGAUUCAAUGGAUUGAUGGUUUCAUUGUUAAUUGUCUUUGUAUUUCACAAUGAGUGAAUCACCAAGUGCUUUCCAUAUUCUGUUAUAUGGCAGCUUUCAGUUGGAUUCCUACUAUUUUAACUUCAGUUCAUGUCUUUCUUUAAUUUGGUGACAUUAUGUUUGCAUGAAACAUUAUCUUACCCUUGCUAAAAUGUCAUUUUUAGAAAAUGUAGUAACACUUUACAAUAAGGUUCCAUUUGUUAACAUUAGUUUUCAACAUUAGUUAACAUGAACUAACAAUGAAGAAUACUUUUACAGCAUUUAUUAAUCUUAGUUAAUGUUAAUUAAAAGAUAUACUAAUACAUUUUUAAAAUCAAAAGUAGUAUUUGUUAACAUUAGUUAAUGCACUAUGAACUAACAUGAACUAUCAAUGAACAAUUGUAUUUUUAUUAACUAACAUCAACAAAGAUUUAUAAAUGCUGUAAAAAAAAAAAAAAAAAAAAAGUAUUGUUAAUUGUUAGUUCAUGAUACCUAAUGCAUUAAAUAACACUACGAAUGGAACCUUAUUGUAAAGUGUUACAGAAAUUGUCCAGGAAUAUGUAUUUUUAAUAUUUAUUAAUUUUUUCUAUUAUUAUUACCAUUAAACACUUCAUA